AUGGUUGAUUAUCACUUGGUUGUAUUAGUGCACGGUGUUUGGGGCAACUCGUCACAUUUAGCUUAUAUCGAAAAGCAGAUCAACGAACAUAUCAAACCCACCGAUGGGAGCAAAUUACUAGUGUACAAAACGGGGUCCCACUCUGGAUAUCUUACUUAUGAUGGUAUCGAUGUUAAUGGGAAAAGAAUAACUGAUGAAAUAUUGGAACAGACGAAACAGAUUACUGAUGACGGAGGUGUAGUCACAAAAUUCUCGGUAGUUGGGUAUUCACUUGGUGGUUUGAUAUCCAGGUAUGCCAUCGGUAUCUUGCAAAAGCAAGGAUUCUUUGAAAGGAUUGAACCGGUAAACUUUGUUACCUUUUGUACCCCCCAUGUUGGUGUACUGAAACCGCAUACUCAAAACUUGUCAGUACGAUUAUACAAUAAUAUUGCACCACAUUUUUUGGCCAUAACGGGAUCACAGUUUUUCCUUAAAGACAAAAUUGGUGAAUUUAAUAAGCCAUUGUUGGUAUGGAUGGCCGACCCAAACUCUGUGUUUUAUUCAGCUUUGAAGCUGUUCAAGUACAAAGCCUUGUAUGCUAAUGUGGUCAAUGACAAACGUUGUUCUUGGUUUACAUCUUCAAUCUCCUUGACUGAUCCAGUCAAUUCACUGUACAACAAACUACCUCAAAACAUCAUUGCAGAGUAUAUCAAAGGUUAUGAACCAAAUGUAAUUGAUGCCUCAAAGCCAUUUUACUAUGAAAAGAAAUCGAAAGAACAAACUUACGACAAGUCUUCUCGUCGUGGACUCUUUUGGAAAACGUUGAAUUGGUGCAAGUUGCUUGGAAGGAUAGUGCUUUACGCUCCAGUAAUGGGAUUGUCGUUUAUUGUAUCUUCAAUUUAUCAACGAAUUCAAACUUUGAAUAGAAUUCGUCGUUUCCAUAAUGAGAAAUCAAACAAUUUGUCCCAUUUGUAUGAAUAUGAUGAGAAUACAUCAUUAUUGACUGAUUUGACCAACAAGUUUGAAGAUGGACAGGAUACUAUUGUUGAAGAUAUGUAUGGAGCCAUGAAUUGGAAAGUUUCUCAUUCAUCCUCCAAUUUCCCACCAAUUAUCCUAGAUGAUUCACAAACAUUUAUAGUGGAGAAAUUGAAUACUUUGGGAUGGAGGAAGUUCCCAAUAAUAUUGAGACACACUCCAUCAACUCAUGCUGGUGCUAUUGUCAGACAUGCUGAUCCAAACUUUGACGAAGGAAAAGUUAUUGUUCGCCAUUUCGUUGACAAUGUGUUUAAAUUGGAAUAG